UAUUUUGCAUUCCAAAUUAGCAUAGAGGAUUCUCAUACAUAAAUGGAGAAUCCACUGAAGCUGUUGUCCUUUGUGGGUUUAGUUGUGGUUGUGAUCAUAGCUGCAGGGGUUGAUGGAGCAGGCGAAUGUGGAAAAUCUUCUCCAGACAAUGAAGCACUUAAGCUAGCUCCUUGUGCAGAGGCAGCUCAAGAUGAGAAUGCUCCUGUGUCAAGUAGUUGCUGCCUUCAAGUGAAGAAAAUAGGCCAAAAUCCAAGCUGUCUUUGUGCUGUAAUGCUUUCAAACACUGCCAAGGCUUCUGGAAUCAAGCCUGAAAUUGCCGUUACCAUCCCCAAGCGAUGCAACAUUCCUAACCGUCCCGUCGGCUACAAGUGUGGAGAUUAUACACUUCCAUGAGCGGACAUACUGCAGAACAAGCCCAAGAAGAAGUAGCUGAUAGCCGGUUGUGGCAUGUGAAGUAGCAACUAGGUUGCUGUUAUGGUGUAAUAGUGUUGUCCUUUCAAUAAAAUUAAAGCUAUCAGCCUGGCUUUACUGUGCA